AGUAUCGCGGCAUUUAUAUUUGUUGCUUUUGUAUUAAAAUUUAGACCAACAGUUUGAAAUCGACCACUUAUAAUUCAAAACAAAUAGUUUCUAUUCGUGAAUAUUACGUUAUGAUUAAUUUUUAAUAUAUAACUAGAUAGUUUCUGCAGUACUAAUUUUGUAAACAUGACUUCAAUUAUAAAAUUACACUGUAUUUCUGGGGUUGGUGAUGAAUCUCCGCCUUGCUAUGUAUUACAAAUUGAUGAAUAUAAGUUCCUGUUAGACUGUGGAUGGGAUGAGAAAUUUGAUAUGGACUUCAUAAAGGAACUGAAGAGGCAUGUAAACAGUAUAGAUGCAGUGCUGCUAUCUCACUCUGAUCCCUUGCAUCUCGGAGCGUUACCAUACGCAGUGGGUCAGCUUGGUCUCAACUGUCCCAUAUACGCUACACUGCCAGUCUACAAAAUGGGCCAAAUGUACAUGUAUGACUUGUACCAGUCACAUAAAAAUGUGUCUGACUUUGAUCUGUUUUCUCUAGACGAUGUAGACACAGCUUUUGAUAGGAUAACACAGUUGAAAUACAACCAGAGUGUGGAUAUUAAAGGCAAAGGUAUAGGCCUCCGCAUCACACCAUUACCAGCUGGACAUCUCCUUGGAGGCACAAUCUGGAGGAUAGCUGCACCGGGUGAAGAAGAUAUAGUCUAUGCACCAGAUUUCAACCACAAGAAGGAGCGUCACUUGAACGGCUGUGAAAUAGAGAGAAUCAUGAGGCCGUCUCUCUUGCUCUUGGGUGCUAUGAACGCUGAUUAUGUACAACAGAGAAGACGGCUUAGAGAUGAGAAGCUUAUGACAACAAUCUUAACAACACUCAGAGGCGGUGGUUCUGUCCUAGUGUGUACGGACACAGCUGGCAGAGUGUUAGAACUUGCACACAUGUUAGACCAAUUGUGGAGGAAUAAGGACUCUGGACUUGUAGCGUACUCGCUGCUUCUGUUGUCGAACGUCAGCUAUAAUGUGGUCGAGUUUGCUAAGUCACAGAUAGAAUGGAUGAGCGACAAACUAACACGCGCAUUCGAAGGUGCUAGAAGCAAUCCGUUCGCGUUACGCCAUUUGCACCUCUGUCACUCGGUAAUAGAGGUCACUAGGACGCCGGGACCAAAAGUGGUUCUAGCUUCGUUCCCAGAUCUCGAAACAGGGUUUGCGAGAGAUCUGUUUCUGCAGUGGGCGCCGAAUCCUCAGAAUUCGAUUAUUUUAACUGCAAGAACGUCUCCAGGCACACUAGCGCGUGAUCUAAUAGAAAGAGGCGGUGAUAGGAACAUAGAGUUAACUGUACGGAAGAGAAUCCGUUUAGAGGGCGCUGAGCUUGAAGAAUUCUUGCAGCAGCAACGGACCAAAGUCAAGGAUCCUGUUAAAGAGGAAGUAAGCGGUCUCUCAACCGACUCGGAAUCGGACGGUGAACUAGAGAUGUGGGUGGUGACCGGACGGCACGAUAUUCCGGUGCGAUCGGACCAACGUCCGGCCGGGUGCUUUAAGACGAACAAGCGACACCACGCUAUGUAUCCCUGUCAUGAGGAACGGUCUAGAGCUGAUGAUUAUGGGGAAGUUAUACGGCCGGAAGAUUACAGACUGGCGGAAAUAGUGGAUGCAGAGGGGGAGAUACGAGACGUGCCGCCCGCACCGCCGCAGAAACCGGAGCCUGAAGAGGAAGUAACAGAGAUCCCUAGCAAGUGCGUGUCAUCGGUGCGCCAAGUUGCAGUACGAGCGAAUAUACAAUACAUCGAGUUGGAAGGGCGCUGUGAUGGGGAGUCGCUACUGCGUGUGGUCGCACACGCCAAGCCACGUGCUGUUGUGGGGCUGCGUGCUGGGAAAGUAGCCCUUAGCACGCUCAGGAAACACUGUGAGAACGAAGGAAUAGAAAAAAUAUUUACACCCGGCAAAGGUGAAAUUGUCGACGCAACCACUGAGUCUCAUAUCUAUCAGGUGAAAUUAACAGACAGUCUGAUGUGCGGUAUAACAUGGCGGGCGGCGGGCGACGCGGAACUGGCGUGGCUGUCGGCCAGCGUCGCGCAGCCCAGACAACGGGAGCCCAACAGCGAGGACACAGCAAUGGAAGAGAUGAUAUCGCUAGAAGCGAGUACGGUAUCCACGGCUCGGGCAGCUACAUUCGUGAACGCUGUGAAGUUAUCAGAACUGAGAGGUGCGCUAGGAAAGCACGGGCUCGCUGCUGAGUUCAAUGCGGGCGCGUUGGAGUGUUGUAACGGCACUGUUGCUAUACGGAGGUUGGAGAAUGGUCGUGUGGCGUUAGAAGGCGUACUGUCGGAAGAAUACUACAAAAUCAGAGAAUUGCUCUACGAACAGUUUGCUAUUGUUUAAGUGAUAAUUUAAUGUAUAAUAGUAUUAAUAAAUUUAUUUGUCAUAA